CCCAACACCCACCCAACACAUUGGCCGACACUUUUAUUCAACAUCAGAAAUACGAAAUUGCUGUUUUUACAACACGAACAGCGAUGGUUGUGUGAUAAAAUUGAGAUUUUGUAGAUUCUAGAUUCUAGAUUUCCCAUUCUCGUAUCGCGGUGUGUACAUGAAGACAAACACUACCCGGAAUAAUUUAAUGCGACACAGGGGAUUAAUGGCUGCAGUCAAUGUACGGAUCUCCUCUCAUUGUUUACAUUUACAAACGUCAUGUUCCCUGGGUUUACGGGACUGGCAUUGACCUAGGAUCAAACCUAGCCCCACAACGAUGCUGAAAGUCGUUAUAUAGAUGGAAGCAAAAGUCUACUCGAGUCAGUAUCGAGCCGUCAAGUAGCGAACUAGCCGUGUGUGCUAACUACUCCAGCUCCAUCUUUACUGAAUCGCUCUUUGCUUCGGGAUGGCAAGUUAGUGUUCUCGUUUUAUUUGGCUUCUCUACUGCUUAGAAAUCAAAGAUAGCAAAAUGCCCGAGGAGGUAUAGCGGCGGGUGAGCCUCAAGGCCAGACAAAACCUAAAUCUUCAACGUCGCAGGGUGCACAAUGUUUAGUGUGCCUCAAAGCUCCAAGUCCGAGUUCCUGGACAAAGCCAGGCAGGCCAGGGAGGAGAGGAAGGGACAGAAGGAGAAAGAGAGAGCAGCAAUCAACAUCCAAGCCCUGGUCAGGAGAUUUCUCUGUCGCUGCAGACUCCAGAAACAAAUAAGGAAAGAGGUUGAUGACUUUUUUCAAGCUUCGGAAACUGGGACAUCCAAAAGAAAUGCACUUUCAAUUUUCAAAAUUGCUAGGAAAUUACUGUUCAUAUAUUGCCUGGAAGAUAAGAUGAGGUUUGAGAAGCUCUGUCGUGCCAUCCUGGCCAGCAUGGAGGUUGAAAAUGAACCUAAAGUGUGGUAUGUUUCCUUGACUCUCUCCAAAGACCUCACCAUUCCCUGGCUCAAACAGAUAAAAGAUGUUCUGUGGACCUGUUGUCAACUACUGAAAAUUUUGAAGCCUGACAUACUUCAGGACAACAAGUUGGUAACGCUGUACCUCACCAUGCUGGUGACCUUUACUGACACAUCCACCUGGCGGAUAGUCAGAGGGAAGGGUGAGGCUCUCAGACCUGCUUUGACAAGGAUUUGUGAAAAUAUCAUGGGCCAUCUCAAUCAAAAAGGAUUCUAUUCAAUGCUGCAGAUCUUGCUGACCAAUGGCUUGGCUCGCUCUAAACCAUCUCUCUCCAAAGGCACGCUGACAGCCAUCUUCACUUUGUCAUUAAGGCCAGUCAUUGCUGCUCACUUCUCAGAUAACCUGCUGAGAUCAUUCCUCCUUCACAUCAUGUCAGUUCCAGCCAUAGUCUACCAUCUCAAUGUGCUUACUCCAGAGUGCAUGGCGUCCAUACAGACACAUGACCUGCUGCGAAAGUUCAUUUUGUUUCUCAGUCGGGAAGAACAGUGUUUGGACAUCUGUGUGUGCCUCGAGGGAAGCCACACGCUCUGCUUACUUGGCAACCUGAUUCAGUUGGGCUACCUUAAUGAGAAAGUCUUAGAGGAGGAAGCCAACCAUUUUGUGAAGGACCUGACGGACAUGCUGUCCUACUGCCAGGGAUAUGUUUCGCAAAAGAAGUCCAACCUGACCCACUGGCAUCCUGUCCUUGGCUGGUUUUCCCAAACUGUCGACUACGGUCUCAAUGAGUCCAUGCCAUUGGUCACCAAACAGCUUCAGCACCUGUGGGGUGUAUCUGUUAUUCGAACCCUCUUCAGUGACGUCCUCUCAAAAAAACUGGAGAGUCAGGAGCCUACUCCCCCACCCCCACAGCCUAGCACAUCACAAAACAAUCUACCAGUUAAAAACCUGUUCAAGCGAGCGUUUCAGAAGUCGGCUUCUGUGCGAAACAUCCUGAAACCAGUCGGAGGAAAGCGAGUCGACUCAGUGGAAGUUCAGAAGGUGUGCAGCAUCUGUGUGCUCUACCAGACGGCUCUUUCUACGCUGACGCAAAUACGCCUCCAGAUCCUAACUGGUCUGACGCAUCUUGAUGAUCUUUUACCCAAACUUUGGGCCUUUAUCUGUGAGCUCGGUCCUCAGGGAGGCCUCAAACUCUUCAUGGAGUGUCUGAACAACGACACUGAAGAAUCCAAGCAGCUCCUGGCCAUGCUCAUGCUCUUCUGUGACUGCUCGCGCCACCUCAUCACAAUUCUGGAUGACAUUGAAGUCUAUGAAGAACAAACAUCAUUCAAGAUAGAAGAACUUAUCACCAUCUCGUCUUUUCUGAACACAUUUGUGUACAAGAUGGUAUGGGAUGGCAUCUUGGAAAAUGCAAAGGGAGAAAAACUGGAGUUGUUCCACAGUGUGCACGGCUGGCUGAUGGUGCUUUAUGAACGGGACUGCAGGAGAAGGUUCACCCCUGAUGACCAUUGGCUACGCAAGGACCUAAAACCCAGUCUGUUGUUCCAAGAGCUGGAGAAGGGCAAAAAAAGGGCCCAACUUUUACUGCAGUACAUCCCACACGUCAUUCCACAUAAAAACAGGGUGCUGCUGUUCAGGAAUAUCGUCACAAAGGAAAAAGAAAGUUUAGGAUUGGUCGAAACGAGCUCUGCGUCACCACACGUCACCCAUAUUACAAUCCGCCGCUCACGGAUGUUAGAGGAUGGAUAUGAUCAGCUCCGUCGGCUACCGGUGAAUUCUAUAAAAGGAGUGAUUCGUGUGAAGUUUGUUAAUGACCUGGGAGUGGACGAGGCUGGUAUUGAUCAGGAUGGCGUCUUCAAAGAGUUUCUAGAGGAGAUCAUUAAGAAGGUUUUCAAUCCUGCUCUCAAUCUUUUCAAGACUACAAGUGGAAACGAAAGGUUGUAUCCUUCACCCACAUCUUACAUCCACGAGAAUCACCUGCAGCUGUUUGAGUUUGUGGGGAAGAUGCUCGGGAAAGCUGUGUACGAGGGCAUUGUCGUGGACGUCCCUUUUGCCUCCUUCUUCCUCAGUCAAGUGCUGGGUCACCACCACACCACUUUCUACAGCUCCAUUGAUGAGCUUCCCUCACUGGACUCCGAGUUUUACAAGAACCUUACUUCCAUCAAGCGCUACGAUGGAGAUGUAGGGGAUCUUGGACUGACGUUGUCCUAUGAUGAGGAUGUUAUGGGGCAGCUUGUCUGUCAUGAAUUGAUACCUGGAGGGAAAACUAUGCCAGUCACCAACGAAAACAAAAUCAGCUACAUCCACCUCAUGGCUCACUUUCGGAUGCACACACAGAUUAAGGAGCAAACGGCCGCUUUCAUCCGGGGCUUCCGCAGCAUCAUUAAUCCAGAGUGGCUGCACAUGUUCUCCACGCCCGAGGUUCAGCGUCUCGUCUCAGGAGAUAACGCUGAGAUUGAUCUCGAUGACCUCAAGAAACACACUGUCUAUUACGGAGGUUUUCACAGCAGCCAUCGUGUCAUCAUCUGGCUGUGGGACAUCCUGUCCAGCGACUUCAAUGCUGAAGAGAGGGCUAUGUUCCUUAAGUUUGUCACCAGCUGCUCAAGGCCGCCUCUUCUAGGUUUUGCCUACCUCAAACCACCUUUCUCCAUCCGCUGUGUGGAGGUUUCAGAUGAUCAGGACACUGGAGACACUCUUGGCAGUGUCCUCAGGGGCUUUUUCACGAUCCGGAAGAAGGAACCCGGAGGCCGACUUCCUACUUCGUCCACGUGCUUCAACCUACUCAAGCUGCCCAACUACAGCAAAAAGAGCAUCCUGCGUGACAAGCUACGCUACGCUAUCAGUAUGAACACAGGCUUUGAGCUCUCCUAACUUAGCUGCAUCUGGACAAUCCGCACAGGAGUGUUGCGUUAAUCAGCCCGAAACCAAGCGAGAGGGUCAGCUUUCCUGGACUGGAGCCUGUCGUAUCAAAGGGGCAUCACAUGAACAAAAGGGGGAUUCAUGAAGGAUCUAGUCUCUUCUCUUUCCUUUUGUCUCUUAUGAAAACUGGAUGAGCUCAGAGGGAGCGAUCUCUACUGUAACUCACUCUCUCCCAUCAAAGGGGGAUGCUGUUCCUGCAGCACAAUCCAAUUUUUAACCUCUCCCUCUACCACUCCAAAAAUUGAAAAUACCAUGUAUUUAACUUUUAUGAGACACAGACACACAGUGGCUAGAGCAGUGUUACUCAGGCUUAACAGAAUCAUUUUUUGGAUCUAACACUCCCAUUUAAAUGAACUGGAAAGCAAUACAGAUGCAAUGCAAGCCAUUAGACACAUGGUCGACUCUCUUGGGUGAAAGCAAGUGAUGCAUUGAUAAUAUGCUUACCAGCUUGGAUUCCAUUAUCCGGGCAUCUUUUAGCUGAUACUGGAUGAGUCUUAAAAUGUUUUGCCGAACAUAAUGCAUCUUUUAUAAGUGGAAGACAAAUCAAUGUCUUGUGUGCAGCGUCCACGGCUGAGAGGCGGAUCAUAACUGCGAUCCCGAGUUUAUUACAUUAUGCCCCAUUUUGAGGAAAAUCCCGUUGACCUCUGUCCAUUUCUCCCCACAAAAAGAAAGCGGAGUCACCCCAGAGAGACGCUGGCCUAUCGCCUGCCUCCGCUCCAGUUCAGCAGCGAAUGAGUUCUUGACACACACACCAAAAAAAAAAAAAAAUCUGAUUAUGCUGUUUGAUUUUAAGAAAGAUGUCCUGCUGUAGCAUCAGUUACUUUCGAGAAAAAGAACUUGAAGCGUUUUGCCAUUAUUUGUCUCUGCUGAGCAGACGCAGCAGCUCCAUGUCACACAUUUGUGCUCGACCUCCAUUUUAAAAACAUGCCGCGGACAAUUAAUCACGUUAGUCUUUCUACUUAAUACAAGAAAAAAAAAAAACAUCAUCACCAUACCUUUGAAUAAUGCUCAGUGCCUCAUGUAUUGCCACCAUCCCUUUCUAUCUCAUGCCUGACUGUGUUCCAGCGGUAACCAAUAACCACAUAUAUCGGAAGCAAGCCAUAGAAAUGGGGACUAUGGUUCCUGGAAAACCCUACCACUGUACUACAACAACUACAGCAGCAACCGAGGAGGGUCAUACUCAUGCUCUCUGAUCUCUGUGGACUUUUCAAGCCAUGCAGAUAAGAAUUUGAGGUUAUAAAACCUUUCAACAUGAUGUCAUGGACUGAACUGGUUCGUCAACGAAGCGUGACUGUUCGGCGCGAUGCUCACUUGGAAAUGUUGCGCACGGCUUUUUUUCUUUUCUUCUUCUUUCUUUGUGGCUGUUCAGAAAAGGGACAUGAGGGUGAAUGUUACCUUAUAGGCCUAAAUAAUACCUUACACAGGGUUCAUUUACAUCAGACGGUUAAGACAUUUUGCCCAUUUACCAGAAAGUGGACUGCUACUUUCAAAGGAAGCAUCAAAUCUUUACCAUGUUCUGUAUUAUGCAAAAAAAAAAAAGGGUGUUGAGAUGAGAUACUUUUUGUUAAUAAGUAAUCAGUCUAUAGAACAUACUGAUCAAUAUUGCCAUGUUUCUAACUAGUUAUAUCAUGGCCACUAACUUGUGUAAAAAAAAUAAUUAAAAAAAAGCAAUUUAUAAUUUAAAAUGCAACCAUUACACACACACGUACAUACAUAUAUAUAUAAAUAUAUAAAUAAUUUGGUUGUAUUGAAAUUACCUCCAGUCUAGCCACGACAUUAGAUUAUUCUGACAAACGAGUAGGGAGGAUUUCACUUCAGCUACCAGAACCUGAAACACUGCAAAUGGAUUUACACAAAAUACUAUGAGGAGUGUGUGUGUGUGUCAGCUACGAGAGAUGAAAGAUACCUCAUGCGAUUGUCUGUCUGGUCUGAUGAGGCCUCUCAUCCGUUUUAAAUGAUGUCAAGGGUAGGCUAGACUUUCCAUGCAUCAGAGGACUCCUGGUGCGGACUUUGAACUCUUAACUGUUUUAGUACAAAAGGAAAAAAAAAAAAAAGACAAAAAUGGAAGAGUUUCCAUCCGUCCAAGUAAAGAUUUUGCCCUCUUUUUAAAGUGUCUUUGAAACUGUUGAACCUGGCUGCACUACAUUUUAGAAACGUUGGUGAGAAAAACAACACUAAAGAGAUUCCCAUGUGAGAUUUGUCUAUGUGUAAGAUACUUUCCCCCCUGUAAUGUUAAAUCGUGUACACAAGUAAAUCAUUUACUUUAAA